GUGCAUGCAUUUGUGUUGUGUUUGUUGCAAAUUUGAUCUCUCCUUGAAUUCCUGGCUAUAUAGACAAGUUUCUUGAAAACUUACACGAAAAGAAAGUAGGCAAUGGCUAGCCAAUUGGCCCUCCAACGACUGAAGAAUCUCCUCAGUGAGAAGGGAGAGCUGGACGAUGUGGCUGCCGCCAAAAUUGAGAAGUUGACGGCUGAGUUGGAAAAACCUGGUGAUUUUAACCCAGUUCAAAGGAUUGUAGAUGGCUUCAUCCACUUCAGGAUCAACAAAUUCGAAAAAUAUCCAGACUGUUUCAACGAGCUUGCUGUUGGACAAAGCCCCAAGUUUCUGGUAUUUGCAUGCUCGGACUCCCGAGUAAGCCCCUCACAUAUCCUUAAUUUCCAACCUGGGGAGGCCUUCAUGGUUCGCAACAUUGCUAACAUGGUUCCUGCAUUUAACCAGCAAAAAUACGUAGGAGUUGGAGCGACCAUUGAAUAUGCUAUAACAGCACUUGGGGUAGAAAACAUUUUGGUCAUUGGACACAGUCGUUGUGGUGGGAUCAAGAGGCUUAUGACUCAUCCAGAGGAUGGUUCUGUUCCCUUUGACUUCAUAGAUGAAUGGGUUAAAAUUGGUCUACCAGCCAAGGCUAAGGUUAUAGCAAAUGGACUGGGUGGGCAUGAUAUUGAUGAACAAUGUGAGGCUUGUGCAAGGGAAUCAGUAAAUUUAUCACUGGUAAACCUGCAAAGUUAUCCAUACGUUCAAAAGGCGAUUUCUAACAGAAAUCUAGCACUCCGGGGUGGUUACUAUGACUUUGUCCAUGGAGUUUUCGAGCUCUGGGAGCUUGAGUCACACAUUUCACCCCCUAUCAUCAUACCAGCACCUUAAUUGCUAGCUUACAUGAAGCAUCAUCAAGGUGUAUAUGUGCCUCUGCCAAUAAAAGUGACAAUAAAUAAAUAAAGCAGAUGAGGCGCCCUAGUGAUAGUGGUACUGCUUGGUCUCGUAUCAGUUUCGGUUGGUUCUUUUUUGUCAAUGUUUGUGUGAUGUUGCUUGUUUUCUUUAGUUGAAUUAAGAACUUCAUGUCCCCUUUGUAAUUUCAAGGAAACUGUGUAAUAAUUAGCAGCUAUUAUCUGCUGCCCUCUAUAUGAUAUUUGUUUGCCAUGCUUA